CCGCCCAUUACCAACUCAAAGUGCCAAAGCGCCCAAUCUCUCAGUUACGUUUGCUUGCUUCCAGUUCCUUCUUGGGUUCUCUAUCAUCUUUUUUUUUUGUUCCUUGUCGUCCAAGCUCUCUCUUUCCUUUCAAUGGAGGCGAAGCUGUUAGGACCUGCCUCGCAUGCCAUUACAUCUCCUCAUGCUUCCAGACUUUCAAGACCCAUUCCCCCUUUGGUCCUCCAUACUAGGCAGGACUUUUCUUUCAGGUCCAGAGGUUCAAGCUUGACUAAGAGAGGCAUUCAAUCAGCACAAGCUACUGCUACUUCCUUUGGGUCAUUGGCAAUAAAGAAGAGGGUGGAUGAGAGCGAGAAAUUGACACUAGAGAGUAUAAGGAGUUCCUUGAUUCGACAAGAGGAUAGUAUUAUAUUUAGCCUUUUGGAGAGAGCUCAGUAUUGUUUUAAUGUCGAGACGUAUGACCCCAGUGCUUUCUCCAUGGAUGGGUUUCAAGGCUCCUUAGUAGAAUACAUGGUCAGAGAAACUGAAAAGCUUCACGCUCAGGUGGGCAGAUACAAGAGUCCUGAUGAACAUCCCUUUUUCCCAGAUGAGCUGCCAGACCCAUUGUUGCCACCUUUGCAAUACCCACAGGUGCUUCAUCCUUUUGCUGACUCAAUUAAUAUAAAUGACAAAGUGUGGGAAAUGUAUUUUAGAGAUCUUGUCCCAAGAUUGGUUGAGGAAGGAGAUGAUGGAAACUGUGGAUCGGCUGCUGUUUGCGACACAAUGUGCUUGCAGGCUCUUUCAAAACGAAUCCAUUAUGGUAAAUUUGUAGCAGAGGCCAAAUUUCAAGCCUCUCCGGAUACCUAUGAACUCGCCAUCAGAGCACAGGAUAGGCAAAGACUGAUGGAUAUGCUGACAUAUCCAAAAGUGGAAGACUCCAUUAAAAGGAGAGUAGAAAUGAAAGCCAAAGCUUAUGGUCGAGAGGUGACAGCAAGUGUAGAGGAAGAUAUGGAUGAAGCUGAACCGGUAUACAAAAUAGUACCAAGCUUGGUUGCUGAUCUAUAUGGUGAUUGGAUCAUGCCGUUGACAAAGGAAGUUCAAGUUGAGUAUUUGCUUAGAAGGUUGGAUUGAAUAGACUUUACAGUCGCUCCAACAAGAAAGAAUAUAUAGAGUUUACAGCCAGUCCCACCUUGGCUAAAUGAAUAUAGCUCUACGGUCUGCCACUGCCUGGAUGACAUAGAGAAUAAAAACACUUAGUGGAUAGAGGCUUUGGAUGAAUAUCUUUGUAAGUAUUGUAGGUAACAGGUUUCUUGCAUCUUGAGGCACGUUUUUUAAAUGAACUGGUAUAAAUUAUUUGAAAUGGGUGUUCCUAAUUGACACCCCUUGUUUGCUCUUUUAUUAUUACUGUAAAUCUUCCCUUGUCUCUUUUAAGACAUGAGAAGCUCUCAAGUGUUCUGGUUCAAAGACUAAGAUAUUGUGUUGGGAGAUAUACCUUUAAAAUAGCAAGGAUUGGAGUCAAAAGGGUAUUCAAGUGUAACUCAUUCUAUAAUUUUACAAAAUGAACAAAAUUGGAUUCAAA